CCCUUCAAUCUUCUCUAUUCCUUCAUUUUCUUCAUAAUUUUGAUCUGCUUCCUCAUUUGCUUGCUUCAAUCUCAUUCAUUCCUUCCUUCAUAGAUUAUUUUUAUUUAUUUUUUUUUUCUUUUCUUUCCCUUCAUUUUGAAUAACAUCAAACCAACCACCUCUAUUGAAUGAAAUUAUUUGUAAAAUAUGUUCAAUUUUCCCUUCAUUUCAACAAACUAGUAAUUUAAUUUGUGAUUAUUUUUUUCAAUUGUUUGACUACAAUUUGGCAAACAGAAAGAUCAUAUUGACCUCAAUUAGUAAACUAAAGACAAGAUUGACCCCAACAUCAUACUUUUUACUUAAAUUUUCUUUCAUUUUUUAUGGGCCACAUGAGAAUAUCCACCCAAUACUUGUAAAUACAUUACAUAUAUCUAGUUGUUUUUUUUCUGGGGGGUCAGCUAACCCCAUAUUCUUGUAGCACUGCCUCUGGUUAGAUCCAUCGUUCAUGCUUGUAUAUGGGCAGUUCCAAUGUAGAACAUGGAUAUAUCUAGGAGAGACACAAGCUUCUUUCUCUCUCUCUUAGUCAUAUAAGCCAGGUAGGAGGUGUCAAACAUCCCUAGUGAGGUUUUGUGCUUCAUCUCAUCUCUAACCAAUUGGUUAAUUAAUUAAUUAACCUUAAUUAAUUGAGGCUAACACUAAUGAAUCAUAGUUAAACCACUUAUCAUACUAUCAGUCUUAAUUAAUCAUGAUUACUAGUUUAAUUAACCAUACUUAACCUUAAUUAAUUAUGAUUAACUUUUACAUAAAGUGGGAAAUGAUAGACAACAAUAUUAACUCCUGUCAAUUGAGCACCUUGAUUAAGAAAAACCAAAAGUGGGUCAAAAUUCAAAUUACAUUAAUUGAUUAAGCAUGAAUUUCUUAGGAAUCCCUAAUGUAGUAAAACUGAAAAUUUGCACGCUGCAUGCUCAAUCAAUGGAAUAUAACAUGCACUAGAAUGAAUUGGCUGUGGUAGAACUCACUACAACAAGUACUCAAGUGAUCCCGAGCGGAGAUGCUUGGCCUUGCUCCCAACCUAGGCUACUUGGUUGACACAUUCUGAAAUCAAGUAUGAUGGAUCACUCAUAGACCAUCGUUAGAUCAAUGGAUGUUGAGUAGGGUGUCUGAAGAUUUACUGAGGACCAAGUGAAAAAGCAUCUUCCAUUGACUUUGGCAUUACUUCAUGAGAUAAUUUGUGAGGAACCAUUAAUUAAUAUUGGAGGGUCUUCUCAAGCUGCCAGAAAAUAGGGAAUGUGCUGAUUGUCGAUGCAAUGUUAUGACGUACUUAUUUCAGGGCUCCACGUUGGGCAAGUGUGAACCUGGGGGUAUUUAUAUGCAUGCAAUGCUCAGGAAUACAUCGGAGUCUUGGAGUUCAUAUCUCAAAGGUACGGUCUACAACUUUGGAUACAUGGCUACCGGAGCAGGUUGCUUUUAUGCAGUCUAUGGGCAAUGAGAAAGCUAACAGUUAUUGGGAAGCAGAAGCAUCACCAGAUCUUGACAGAAGCGGGACUGAAAACUUUAUCCGUGCCAAAUAUCAAGAGAAAAAAUGGGUUUCGAAGAAAGCAACACAACCAAUUCCAAUAUUAGGGGAAAACAGCUCUAGAUUUGACAAAUUAGAUCACAGCGAAGCCAAAGCUGGCAUUCCAAAGAAAAUAAGAAAAUUUUCUCUGGAGGAAGAGAUUCUUACUAAACAUAUGUCACAAGUAGCUCCUAUUACAAGAACUCA